CUGUCGACGAGGCUUGCAAUAACCUUUCGUAUACUAACGCACUACUAGCAUUUCCCUUCUUGGCUCUCUGUUGCUUGUCUCUCUCUCCGUCGUCUUGUUAUCCGGCCCCCCGGCUCGUGCUGUGACUGAUUCCCGGAACCUGUGACUCUUUUACUCCUCCCCCCUCUUUCACCCUUCCUCCAUUAUCAUCCUGACAUCGUCAUCCUCGAUUCUUGUUUUGCUCCCCCUUUCUCUUCCCCUUACACUGCCCGCGUGCUGUCCAUCCUUGUUGACUUUGGCACACCUCAUUGCCGAGGUCCACACGACCAUCGCCACCACCAUCAUCCAUCCAUCCCACCCUUGCGCCUCUCCACCUCCCCAAGCCUCCCAUCAUCGAAAGUCCAAUUCCAAAGACAGACGAAAAGCCAUGGCCGCCAACAACAUGCUGAACCCCGCGGCCGACGCCGCGGCCGAGGACGCCCAGUUCCUCAAGGAGGUCGAGCAGGUCAAGCAGUGGUGGUCCGACUCGCGCUGGAAGCACACCAAGCGGCCCUUUACCGCCGAGCAGAUCGUCUCCAAGCGCGGCAACCUCAAGAUUGAGUACCCGAGCAACGCCCAGGCUAAGAAGCUGUGGAAGAUUCUCGAGGGCCGGUUCGCGAACAAGGACGCCAGCUACACGUAUGGCUGCCUCGAGCCCACAAUGGUCACCCAGAUGGCCAAGUACCUCGACACCGUCUACGUCUCGGGCUGGCAGUCGUCCUCGACCGCCUCGGCCUCGGAUGAGCCCGGGCCCGACCUGGCGGAUUACCCCUACACCACCGUCCCCAACAAGGUCGGCCACCUCUUCAUGGCGCAGCUCUUCCACGACCGCAAGCAGCGCCAGGAGCGCCUCUCGACGCCCAAGGCGCAGCGCGGCCAGCUCGCCCACGUCGACUACCUGCGGCCCAUCAUCGCCGACGCCGACACGGGCCACGGCGGCCUCACCGCCGUCAUGAAGCUCACCAAGCUCUUCGUCGAGAAGGGCGCCGCCGGCAUCCACAUCGAGGACCAGGCCCCCGGCACCAAGAAGUGCGGCCACAUGGCCGGCAAGGUCCUCGUCCCCAUCAGCGAGCACAUUAGCCGCCUCGUCGCCAUUCGCGCCCAGGCCGACAUUAUGGGCAGCGACCUCAUCGCCGUCGCCCGCACCGACGCCGAGGCCGCCACCCUCAUCACCACCACCAUCGACCCCCGCGACCACGCCUUCAUCCUCGGCUCCACCAACCCCAAGCUGCAGCCGCUCAACGACCUCAUGGUCGCCGCCGAGGCCGCCGGCAAGACGGGCGACGCCCUGCAGCGCAUCGAGGACGAGUGGCUCGCCGCCGCCGGCCUCGCCCGCUUCGACGACGCCGUCGCCGCCGCCAUCGACGCCAGCGCCUCGCUCCCGCGCGGCGACAAGGCCGCGGCCAAGGCCAAGUACGCCGCCCAGGUCAGGGGCAAGGGCAACGCCGAGGCCCGCGCCGUCGCCCGCGGCAUCCUCGGCGAGGACGUCUUCUUCGACUGGGACGCGCCCCGCACCCGCGAGGGCUACUACCGCCUCAAGGGCGGCUGCGACUGCGCCAUCAACCGCGCCAUCGCCUACGGGCCCUACUGCGACGCCGUCUGGAUGGAGAGCAAGCUGCCCGACUUUGCUCAGGCCAAGGAGUUUGCCGACGGCGUCCACGCCGCCAUCCCUCACCAGAAGCUCGCCUACAACCUCUCCCCCUCCUUCAACUGGAAGACGGCCAUGCCCCGCGACGAGCAGGAGACGUACAUCCGCCGCCUCGCCACCCUCGGCUACUGCUGGCAGUUCAUCACCCUCGCCGGCCUGCACACCACGGCCCUCAUCAGCGACCGCUUCGCCCGCGCCUACAGCCAGCAGGGCAUGCGCGCCUACGGCGAGCUCGUCCAGGAGCCCGAGAUUGAGCUCGGCGUCGACGUCGUCAAGCACCAGAAGUGGAGCGGCGCCACCUACGUCGACGAGCUGCAGAAAAUGGUCACCGGCGGCGUCAGCUCCACUGCCGCCAUGGGCAAGGGCGUCACCGAGGAUCAGUUCAAAUAGGGAGCCGCUCUGCACCUUUUUGGAUAUGUCGUGACCGCGGAGAGAUGGGGAGCAAGACAGAGACGAAAGGAGGGAGACAAAGUCGGGGCCAAAGAAAGACUCUAACUAAACCACCUCCUUUGUCGCAUUGUACACUGUAUAUGACAGCAUUGAAAAUGGUAAAAGACCGUCGGUCC